CUCUGUAAACUUGGGGGGUAACUUGUAUUUUAUUCCCUGCCCACCCCAUGCCCACCUAAGAUGCGCACUUCCCGACACGCAAGGCUAAUAAUCCUUUCUCCUUCUUCUGAUCUGUUUGUACUUCACCUACUCAUUCAUCCUCCUUCAUCCCCCUUCUAUGUAGGAAACCGGGGCUGGGGAAAUCGGGGUUCUCGCCAGGAACCGCAGCCCUCGGAGUCUCCCCGGACUUGAGGCCGGACAGAACUGGCCGCACCUCCACGUGCAGCCGCUGAGCCAGGUAAGCGGCAAGCAGCACCAUGGACCAAGUACAGACAAUUUCAGAGCAUCCCCUUCCCAUGCCCACAUCCCCGCCUGAGAAGAAAAGGACAUCAGUUAUGUCUUUCUUUUCCAAGGUCUCUUGGAAACUGAAGACCCAGAAGCGGGAAUCUCUGAAGAAUGUGUUUUUCAUCUUGGCAGAAAAAGCCCGAGACCCCAGUGCUAAAAAGCGUCACCUGGCAAUGAAGGGCCUGGGGACCAUGGCCUCAGAGACCCCCAACAAGGUGAAGAAGUAUAAGAAAAUUAUUCUAGACCUAUUGGUGCAUGGACUGUAUGAUCCCAUGAGUCCCGAAGUUAUCCAUGAGAGCAUGAAGACACUGAGCAUCAUCCUGAGCAAGAUCCAGGGCAAAGGCCUGGGCUCCUUCUUCAUAGACAUCACUCUGCAGACCCGGACUUUAUUAGAUGAUGAGAACGACAGCCUGAGAUACUCUGCGUUCGUCUUGUUUGGGCAACUGGCUGGCUUUGCAGGGCACAAAUGGAAGAAGUUCUUCACCAGCCAGGUGAAGCAGACUCAGGAUUCCCUCCUGAGCCAUUUGCAGGACCGGAACCCCCAGGUUGCCAAGGCUUGCAAAACAACGUUUCGAGCCUGUUCUCCAUAUCUAAAACAAAAGAAGGAGCAUAGCUUUCAAAAUGAAGAAGAUCAAAGGAACCCUAAACUCAGCAGGCAGCUGAGCCACUAUCAUCCUGAGCUCCUGCAGUUCUUCUAUGCCAAUAAAAUUCUGUGAACACAGA